ACUCAAGAUCGAAACUCGACGCUGUAAGUUCCAUGUCAUCAGAUCUAGAGGUGUGCAUACAUGUAUAUUAACACUGGAAAAUCAUGUUAACGUUUAUUACCAAUUAGGACGAGACAGAAACGAUCAUUUCACAACAACAGCGACAUGGACAACGAUCAUUAUGACUAUCUAUUCAAGUAUCUGCUGAUAGGGGACUCCGGUGUGGGCAAAUCUUCCCUGUUACUGAGAUUCGCGGAUGACGUAUUCUCGGACACGUAUAUCUAUACGAUAGGAGUAGACUUCAAAAUCCGGACAGUUGAAAUUGACAGCAGCAUAGUGCGACUACAAAUUUGGGAUACGGCCGGACAAGAGCGAUUCAAAACCAUUACGUCAUCUUUUUACCGUGGAUCACAUGGUAUAAUGAUUGUUUAUGACGUCACUGAUAUGGAAUCAUUCCAGAACGUGGAAUCAUGGAUCCAAGAGGUUGACAAAUACGGCAGUUGCAACAGCUCAAUGAUUCUUGUGGGGAAUAAGUCGGAUAUGACAGGCAAACGGGUGGUGACGUACGCCAUGGGCAAGGAAUAUGCUGACAGAUUAGGUAUUCCGUUCGUGGAAACCAGUGCCAAACGUUCUACCAACGUCGAAACGUCAUUCAUGACAAUGGCAUCCGAACUAAAAACAAAAAUGGUCGACGGUAAAUUAGAGACGACUGGCGUUGGAAAUGUAAAUGUCCGCAACAGUACACCGGUCACCACAAACUCAUAUGGGCCAUGUACGUGUUGAAAAUUAAUGUUGGGAUUUAUAUAAUAUAGAUAUAAUGUGCAAUAAUCUAUACUGAAGAUAUGUAGGAAGUUUUGACGAACGUGAAUAUUUACAUGUACAAUGCACUAUAUAUGCAUUGAAAUGUUCGUCGUGUGUAUUCAUAGGGCGGUUUUUAUUAGUAUUGUAAACGGUUUUAACGACGAAACAACUACAACAGGAAAUUCAAAUCUUUAUCUUCGGAUCACCAACACAGAGUGUAUAUGAUACAUUGUGCUAAUUAUUUGUUAUAUAACAUAGUAACACAAAUGACGAAAGAAGACAACUUUAUGACUCGUGCCCUGACCGGGCCUCGAACUCACGAUCUAUACGGCAUCCGUCUACAUAUAUAUACAAAAAUGUAUAUAAUAGAUUUUAUUGGAUUCGUGUCAUCGAUAUUAGUGUUACUAAAACACAUUCCUUUGUUAUAAACACAACAGAUUGACAUAUAUAGGUUGUGAUAUGGUAUACAACAAUUGUUCUAAGAAUCGACAUCAAUACCAACCCAGGGUACUGAUAAUGACAUUCUGUACAAAAGGCCCGUAUUGAAAUUGACAUCACUUCCAAUCCAAGUUACUGGAAAUGACAUUUCGUGAUAUACAUAUAUAUAUAAAUAUGAUAUAUGUACAAAAGACGUGAUUUUUGUCUAGCUUAUUGCUUGUUUGAUAAAGGAUGUGAAUUAAGUGUAUAUUCAUGCAGUAUAUUUCAUGCAUAAUGAAAAUGACAACCGAGAAUGCUGUAGUCUACAUUUGUAUUUAUAUAAUGUAUAUGGAUAUACGGUUAUCUUGAUAUACAAUAUACAUGGAUACAUGUAUAUUACGCUAUACUGAGGAUCGAUCGAUAUCAAGAUCAGCUAUUUACCAAUGGUAGAUGAGUUAAUGAGUAUACACUGUAUCUUAUUUAUGAUAAUGAUAUAUACAUGUAUAUUAUACUCUACGGUAUCUGUGAUAAGGACUUUUCAGGAACGAAUGUUUGUGAAAGUAGUUUAUUAUAGAGAUUAUUAUAUAUGAAGAAUUCAUAUAAAAUGUCUACAUUUCUUAAUGUAAACUGAAUAAAUUUGUACAUACAACUUUAUUUUUUAAAAAAA